AUGUUGGAGGUUUGAUGGCUAAUCAAUAUCAAUAAUUUAUUUCUAGUCAGUUAUGUUCAUCUUUAAAUCUGAUAUAGAUCGUUUGAAAGGACGACUCCUAUUUACUUCCAAAAGCUAGUAACUGAUGGUACUGAAGCUGCUGGGGACUACCUUGAAGCUAAAAGAGACAUCUUCCUCUUCACGUCCACUCAUUGCCUGCCUCAUAUAAUACGGAUGAGUCAAUGUGUUAAUUCUGCCAACCUCGCCAAGCAUAUGGACUAUUUCAGGGAUCACCUGGUUGGAAUGUCUCCACGACUGCCUGAAAUCUAUUCAAUUUAUCGCCUGUUUGCGCACGAGGUAACUGAUACAUCCCACCUAUAUAAGCAAUGAAGUGAUCACAAAAUGUUUGCCUUCUUGAACUGUUAAAACAUAGUAUGUAUUCAAUAUAUUUUGAAAUUAUAUAGUCUCGGACUAUAAAUCACGCUUAUACUUAUAGCCUCGUUCAAUAGUUGACAAAGAUUAUCCUGAUGAGAUCUGAUGACGGUUAGUGAAAUUUUGACUUAUUUUAAAGUAAUUUAAUGUACAACGUUCUUUAUACUUUCAGAUAAUCAGUUUAGUAGAUAACGAAGCAGUGCUCAACACACAAGCUUUUGACGAUUUUCUCGAAGCACAUUUUCUGCCCCAUGUCAAGUCAUUAUAUGCAACAACAGUCAAAGUGCACACCAACCUUGAAGAUAUCAUGAAGCUAUUGGUUCAAGCCAUUGAAUCGAACGAAAGAAAUGAAGCCGAUGUAAGUUGUAUUAAAAUUCGAAAUACAUACCUCGAUCACCAGUAUAUAGAAGGUUGAAUAAAGGUUGUUCGCGUGGUUUGAAGCCGGGUGGUCAAUAUAUAUGUAGUUUUUGCCUCGUAUAACAACUGUGUACGUAGGCCUGUUGUAACGUUAAUUAAUUACUUAGUUGUUUUUUUAGCUUAGGACAUGGAUGAGGCCAACAGUUGUCGCAAAGGACAAGACCGUAUUUAUUGCCUUUGUUCUCCCAAAGGCCUUAAAAGAAGUCAAAGAUGCUGGCCUCACGCCUCCAACUGAACA